CCUCGAUGCUCGCUGUGAUACGCGGAACCUCGGAACCCUAAAUUGGAAAGCCAAGUUUUUCUUUUCUUCACGAUAGCCUCGAAUAAUUGGCUCUGCGCUGCGAUCCCCACUAUGGCGAAUAAACUCGCUAACCACCCACAGAUAACCUCGCAUAGCUCUGGAACCCAGUGGACCCCAGCAAGGGAGGAGAGAAAGCCCAUGAGACAGAUCCGCAGAGAAAAAAAAAAUAAAAAUGGGGGACCGCCAGGAAUCACCCCCGUCAUCAAGUUUCAACAUACCACCCAGCAUAAACUAAGAUAAGAUGCAGUCCCCCAUAGCCACGGAACGAUUACUGGCGACAACAGAUCACAUUAUCAGAUCGCAGCAGAACCUAAGCGAUCGUCAACAGCCAUGGAUCCACCCUCGAUUAAUCCAGAGCGUGGACCCGAUCAAGGGCCGCCAGCUCCGAGUGUCCCAACCCGUGCGAAAGGGUGAAUUAUUGCUUGUGGACCUGCCCUAUGCGCUCAUACCAGUCGUGGACCAUCCGGAACAAAGUGAAGACAUUCGCUGUAGCAAUCCUGCGUGUCAUAGACGUGUUGCUCGGACCGUAGAGCGCGUAUCUUGCCCGACCCGAUGCUCGGCCGAUGUGGUCUGGUGCAACCAAUCCUGUCGGGAAGCCGACACUCUCCGCCAUGGGUUCGAAUGCACCUGGUUAAAGAAAUAUGCGACCUCCAUACGCUCGAAAUGGGGCGAGUAUGACUUCGGCAUGUUGUGGUUAAUCGUGCGCAUCCUUGCCAGCCGGCAUGUGGAAUUUCACAAUACACCCUCAAGCGACAAAACCGGUCCCUGUGAUGUGAACCCCAGUUCGUUCGAAACGGGUUGGAAUGCUAUCCGAUCGUUCUGCGGGUCGCAAGAGACCUGGGCUCACUCCCAAGUGCGACAUUGGGCCCUGUUGGUCAAGAAGUAUCUUGGGAGCAGUCCAUCCCUGCCACAUGGCAUGACUUCCAGCGAGGUGCUGGAUUUAAUCUGUCAGGAAGAGGCCAAUUCGUUUGGCCUGUACCCGAGGGAGACCGGAGCGUUUCCAAUCCCGGAGCCUGCAGUCGAUCGCGGGGAGCAGUUCGGGGCUGGAGUAUACCCGACUGCAGCUCUGGCGAAUCACUCUUGCUCUCCGAAUAUAAUACACAAACCGGAUAAUCAAAGUCGGAUGGUCUUUGUCGCUUCAAAGGACAUCGCCACGGGUGAGGAGUGCUGUAUAUCGUACUUCGAUCUGUCGAAGAAGGUCGAGCUCCAAGAUCGAAGGGAACACCUUCAAGGGUCGUUCCGCUUUGUUUGCAAGUGCGACAGAUGUGUCUCGGAGGAACCUCCUGAGGAGGAGGUGCAAUGGGACGAGUUUCCGUCCAUGGAGGAUUUCUAGACUAGAGAUGGCGUUUGGGACGCACAUCAACGAGAUUCAAUGAGAUAUAGAUGUACAUAAUCAAAUAUUAAAUAUCGCAAAAAAGGACUAGAAUCCUUCGUGAGCCAUUGGACGCAAGCUCAUGACUCUAGAUGAUUAGCUACGGCACUUCGUCCUUGCAAGCAAGAGUUCCUGCUCAUAUAAAAUGUGCCCCGCGUGCUCCGAUUAAAUUCCCCGCCUCGUCUGUUAACCUUCAUUGAUUCAUAUGGUGAGCAUCAAAGAACUCUCUGUGUCAGUACAGGUGAAGUAGACGAAGCUAUGUAAAAGCUGGUUUGAACCUCGUCCUUCUUCCUGCUUGUCUUUCACUUGUAUACCAAAUAUGCGCGCCUUGGUUCAAAGUAUGGUUGCUUCCUGUUGUCAUAUGGGUAGAUCUAACGUCAGUCCCGCUAACUUGGGUAUCCUGGUUGCC